UCAAAAACCGUUUUUAUAGAUGUGCCACAACGUCUAGUAUGUUUCUAACUUUGAAAACUAAAUUAUUAGUUACCAUACUUGUAAUAAUUGGAGGAAUAAACGCACAGCGAUGUUAUAAACGAUGCAAUUGCCUGAAGAGUAAAUCUGCACAGAAAGCAGCAAUGUGCAACAAAAACAUAACUUACCUCAACAUUCUUGUCGAUGAAAAAGGAAUAGGAAUUAGUUGUCGACAAUUAUUUCCAGAAGAUAUUAAAGACACUGUGAUAUUCGAUGCCAAAUACUUAACAUAUAUUAACGAAGAGUCUCCAAUACCAUUGGAGUCUAUUGUUAAAAAGUGCCAAAAGUCCAAACAGCGGAAUAUACAGUACGAUUUAAACAUGCUCCAAUUCGACAAUAUAACUAUAAGUAGCAGUAUUUUCGAAACUAAUCCUCACAUUUCACAUUUGAACAUAAGAAGUAAUGUAAAUUCAAAUAAUACGAAGAAUUUUUUCAAACUAGAUGCAGACUUUUUGAAAAAUGCCUCUCAUUUAAAGGUCCUGACUAUCAAAAAUAAUAACUUAAUGUACAUGGAUAGCAUUUUUAAAGAAUCCUCUUCGAUAGAGAUUUUGGACUUAUCAUCUAAUAGAUUAGAAAACUUCAGAGCAAAUCUUUUUGCAGGGUUUGAAGACUUGAAGUCACUAAUCUUACAACAAAACCAAAUCACGUUUUUGAACAAGGAGAUGCUAAAUGGAUUGGAAAAUAUUACAUAUAUUGAUUUAAGUCAAAACAAAAUAAAUAAAAUUGAGAGAAAUGCAUUUGAUGAUUUUUCAAAUCUUGAAUAUCUCAACAUUAGUGCCAACAACCUGUAUAUUUUACCCAAUGACCUUUUCAGUGUUUCCAUCAACAUCAAAUACCUGGAUUUAGCAAUGAACGAAAAUUUGUUAUUACCAGAAAAUAUAUUUAGUCCUUUAGAAUCACUGACAUCUCUCAAUUUGAGCAAUACAAAUUUGAAAGAAAUUUCAAAGGAUUUUCUUCAAACGAAUACAGAUUUGCAAGUUUUGAAUUUAUCAAAAAAUAGUAUUAGUGAAUUGAAAACCGAUGCUUUUACGAAUUUGUAUAAUUUAACUCUUCUGGACUUAAGUUACAAUAAACUGCAAUAUUUACCAAAUACAGUGUUUUCAAAUUUAGGGAAAAUAAGAAAAAUUUACCUGAAUGACAACCGACUCACUAAGAUUGGUGUAAAUAUUUUUUCACAUCUAAAUUACUUGGAAAUUAUUGAUUUAAGUGGCAACUUAAUUGUUGAUAUCAAAGAGUCAGAUGAACACGUUAAAUGCAAUGAAGUUAUUUUAAAAAAUAAUCUUCUAUCAAGAUUUCCAGCAUUUUUAAUAUACAAUGCUUCAAUCUCGAACUUGGAUUUGUCGAGAAACCUGAUAGAUGAAUUUGUUUUGGUGAAAGACUUGGUUCCCGACAAGAGCGAAAUGAAAAUAAAUCUAUCAAAUAAUUCACUAAGACAUGUAGAUAUUAGAGGUGGAAAUACGACAAGUAGAAACUGGAAAUUGGAUUUAGACAUCUCAAAGAACUACGUGAAAUGCGACUGCGAAAAAUUUAGUUUGACCAAAGACAACAAAAAAGCAUUUAGCGCGCUUCAGCUGACAUAUAAUCAAAGUUUCUGUAGAGACAAAUCGUGGAAGCAAAGAUGUCCUUUAGUGAAAAUCAGGAAUUGUCCCACUCCGUGUGAUUGUUACUAUCAGGAUAAAAAAUUAGCCGUAGUUGUUGAUUGCUCAGUAAGAAAUUUAACGAGAUAUCCUGUGGUGCAUAACGUUGAAACCGUUGACAAUCAGUUCAAACAAAAUCAGACUGUAGUGUAUCUGAGUGGGAAUCGUUUGAAUCUUGAAGGACAGAUAAAUUUGGAAAGCUACGCAAACGUUUCCAUUUUGGAUUUAUCACACAAUGAAAUUACAAAAGUGAACUGGAUACCUCAACAUGUGAAGGUGCUACACUUAGAAGACAACAAGCUAUCAACGCUGAGUGAUAACGUUAUUACUACUUUAAGGAAUGACGUAUACUUAAAUAGGGUGUCUUUGGGAAAUAACUCAUGGAUAUGUGACUCGACAGCAAAAAAAUUACAAAAGUUUCUAAUAGAAUUUAACAAUAUAAAGGUUGAUCAAUCGGAGGUGAUAUGUAAUAAAACUGGCGAAUCUCUAGUGUACAUGAAGUUGUACGAUCAACAAACCAAUGCCGUAAUGAUGAUUUUUCUUAUUAGCGUAACUAUAGCACUAGCUCUGAUAUCCAUACUUACGAUGCUCUACUACAAAUAUAACAAAUCUAUAAAGAUAUACUUGUAUUCGAAGAAUUUAUGUUUGUGGUGUGUGGCGGAAGAUGAACUUGAUAAGGGGAAAGAUUACGAUAUCUUUAUAAGUUAUUCGAAUAAGGACGAGGAGUUUGUUCAAAAUAGAUUGUUAAAAGAACUAGAACAAGGCGAAAUUCCAUUUAAGGUCUGUAUUCACUACAGAGACUGGAUGCCGGGAGAAUUUAUCAGCAAGCAGAUUAUCAAUUCCGUGUUAAAUUCCCGAAGAACUUUGGUUAUUUUGUCCAAUAAUUUUCUCGAGAGCGUAUGGGGUAAAAUGGAAUUUAGAACGGCUCAUACACAGGCCAUAAGCGAAGGCAGAGCAAGAGUUAUUGUAGUGAUUUACGGUGAACUAAACGAGGAUAGUUUAGACGAAGAGAUGCAAACUUAUUUGAAAACGAACACUUAUGUAAAAUGGGGCGACCCUUGGUUUUGGAACAAGUUGAAGUAUGCUUUGCCCCAUUCAAAAGCAAGGACUUUAUCACGAGGAAAUUGGUACAAACAUAAUCAUCCUGUUAAUUGAACAAAUAGAGAAAGACUGUUACUUUUAUUUAAAUUUGAUUAGAUCUCAAAACAUAUACUGUGUAUAUAUGCUAUUUUAUAAGGAUAAGUUUGAGUUUGUUUUUAAUGUAUUAUAUGUUUCGCUUAAAAUUAAUAUUAUACGUGUCAGUUAUAUGAAAUCAAAGAAUAUUAAAAUAUUCUUUGGUGAAACUAAACGAGAUUUGAACUCAUUUAAGUAAUGUAUAUUCGUAAAAGUAAUAAGCGAAGUAUACGUAAAUGUAUUAAUGUACUUAACAAAAAUAUUUUUUUAGAAUGUUCUACACAUA